CCGUUUGAAUGCGGGGCGGCGGGGGCGGCAGAAAUUGGUCUGCAAAAUGAAAACCUUGACUGCAAUCUGCCCUGGCUAAAGGUGCUCUGCAAGUGGUAGCAUUUUGGUCCACUGUUGGAAAGCGUAGAGUCUGUAGUUCAGAAUCCUACCCUGCGACAUAGGUUAUUCCUUUGUUGUGUGUCCACCUCUCUUGGCUCUUCAGGAUCCGUUACCUUUCUGUGUAUCAACCCUGAGUCUGCCAUGAGUGACUCAUCCCUGCUGUUUAUUGCUGGAGCAAACACUGUGGAAGACCAGAGGGCUCGCUGGGAGAGAAAGCGCAGCCGGACAGCCAAGGAGCUGCUGGAAACUGAACACAAAUACCUCGAGCAGCUGGAUUUGGUGGUCACAUACUUUGUGACAAUUUUAAAGGCCAAAGGGACACUGAAACCUGCUGUAUUGGAAACUAUAUUUGGACCCCUGGAAUCCAUAUAUUCGGCCAGCCAUGUUCUGUCAUUUCACCUGGAAAGAGGGAAUUUGGGACCAGGACUGGAAAGUUUUUGUCAGAAUCUGGAUCUUUAUGGCCACUAUGCUGAGAAUUUGGAGCAGGCAAAUAAAACCUUGAAGGAGCGAUUGAGGAAAAAUAAGUCGUUCCGGCGGUUUAAGAAACUCCAGGAAUCUCGACCUCAGUUUCAAGGGAGGGAGUUAGAGGAUCUGCUUCCUUUGCCCCUGCAGAGGCUGCACCAGUACAAGCAUUUCUUCAGAGACCUGCUGGAGAACACCAGCCCAGACAGUGCUGAGCACCUCAAACUUGCAAAGGCUGUGAAGUCUGUAUCUGAGAUAUCUCAGCGGGUCCAAGGCAUAACUGAAAAAAGAGAGAACUCAUUGCAGCUGCUUCGAGUUCAGAAACUGCUCAAAGGACAGAAGACCCAGGUUUUGACUCCAGGGCGCUGGUACAUCCGGGAAGGUUGGCUUUUGGUGGUGCCUUCAAAGGGAGAAGAACUGAAGCGCAGGAUGUUCUUCCUGUUUUCUGAUAUCCUCAUUGCAGCAAAGCCCUGCCACCCCCUGCACCCGCUGAACUCGCACAAGCUGGCGUGCCAGGCUGUUUACCCUCUCCACCAGUGCACCGUGGAUAAAGUGUUCGGCCACACGCAGAGCCAGGGAGGGCUCCUCAGUCUUUCCUUUCCACACAAGGCACUGCUGUUGAUGUCCAGCGACCAACAAGAUAUCAAUGACUGGUAUCGGAGUCUCACAGCUGCAGUCAGACAGCUGAAAGCCUGACGCACCCGAGUGCAAGACAGACUGGCAAGACAACCACUGUCAUGACAGAAGCCUACACAACCUUAGAAAAUGCUCAGGGGCAUAUAGUAGAACUGCAGUUAGAGGGACUACACACUGUGCUUGUGAGAUGACAAAUGCUUUGUCAGCUGUCCUAAUGUUCAUACAGACACUGCAAAAAACAAGUAUGCACACUAAGCAUUUGUGUAUAAAAAAUAAGUAUCAAGAAUUUUCCCCAAUUUAGCUUAAAAGCUUCUAGCUUUUCUGCACUUUUGUAAACUCAGAUUAUUAAAGACAAGCAGACGAGAGCCUGAUUUGCUUUCCCUCAUUAAAUGUUUUUACUCAACCGUCUUUCUAAACCAGUGUUUUCACGCUCAUUUGUCUAUGUAUGUGUCCACCUGCUCAUGCUUCUGGGUCCUGUGACCAAAAUGUGUGUUUUGGGUAGUGGUAAUAUGGACAUUACACUAUAUUUUCUGCCAGUGGUACAGGCCACAGUCAUCUUAUCAAGCAGCAUUCACAUUUAUAAUCUGAAUACUAAGAGAUUAUGCAGCUGAAACAGCUCUUGCCUUUGCCUGCAUGGUGUGCAGUGUUUUAUUGCUUUGAAAUCCUGCAGAGAAAACCUUUGGCAGCACCUCUGCUCCUGAUCUCCAGGGAAAAUCUCCAGGGGGUACAGUCAUUCUCCUGGGUCAUCAAUCCCUGGAAAUGUGCUAGGGUUCAGUUUACUAGGAUGACAGACCAACUUAAGGAAUAAAUACAGAAAACAUAUUAUUCAUUAGUAUUUUGUUAAAGCCUCAGCGUGGACUUUUAACAAUGUGGAAGCUCUGAAGCAACAGCAGUUUGGUUCAUCUCCCUACAAAGAGGGCAAAUUCAAGGCUACUAGAGACAAAGAUUAAGGUCUGUCUGAACACUGACCUUUCAGCAUUUUGACUGUUUUUUUCUCCUUCCUUUAGCAGUACACGUCUUUAAUUUCACACUGGGUUCACUAAAACAGAGAAUAUGUAACUUUAACUUUUUGUCUUUCCAUACAAUUAACUUGCUCCACGGGAUCACUCAUUUAAAUGUCUUAAGUCUGUAAAACCUGGGAGGGAGGAAGGAAUGCAAUAGGGUUUUGGAAGCCACACCAGUUCCACUGUGUUUUACCAAGAAAGGUUGGAGCAGGUAUCCCUGAGGUCCCUUCCAACCUGGUGUUCUAUUCUGUGAUACCAUGUUUGGGUUGGUUUUGGUGGUUUUUUUUUUCACUGCAAAGGUACAGCUAGGACUUUCAAGUACUAGCUGUGCUUGAAAUCAAAGACAAAGCUAACAACUAAAGAUUCUUAAAAGUUAAAUCAUUCUGAAAAAAUUCUGCCAUUCUCCCUUUUUGUUCUAAUUAGGUAAAAUAGAGACUUCCUGUAAUCCUGCACCUGAAGCUGGGAUGUCUACCAAGCUCUUGCUAGAGAUGGCAACAACUCUUACCUGGGCUGCCACCUUACUAUAAGACAAGUUCCUUUGAUACUGUCUCUUCAUAGGACUUAUCUCAGUGUUACCACCCUAUUUGCAUUCAGCACUUUUUGAAACAGCAAAAGUAUCUCAUUUUUCACUGAA